AUGGUGUCGCUGAUAUCUGCGGCAUCGCGUCGGACGCCCAACAGGACGACGCCCGUUUGGACGAAGAUCCGGUCAACCUGGCACAACAUGAGAUACCCACAGAAACAGCUGUUCAGCGAAGAUCGCAACGACAUGACAAAGGACUUCGCCAUGGUUGACACCGAUACGACGGCUGAGACUAAGGCGGAUGAGGAGGCCUCCUUCAUCGCUUUGCUUGAGGUUGGCAUGCAUGAUCUGUUUGAGGUGGAAGUCGAGACGAUCAGUCGCCUUGAUCUCACGGACGGUGUGUGCCUGCCGACUUCUGGACCAGUCGACAAGAGCGGGCAGGAAGAACAGACGAACACCACCAUGCCUGGUGGGGAAAGCGUGGAGGUGAAGAAGACAAGAGGCGACGCGGUGAUGGAAAAUGCAGCGGGAAGCAACGAGGAAGCCCCUGGUCAUGGGACGAAAACCCAGAAGACGCCAACUGCUGCUGUUGCGCGCGAUCUGCGGACUGCAAUGAACACACAAAAGAUCCACCGCUUCUUUUGGCAAGUGUCGAAGCAGAUUCGACUUGCAAGACGGCGGGAAGACUUUGACAGCGGGCAUAUCCGCCAGAUCCGGCUAGGUGUCAGAGCCGGUAGGGAAGUCCGAGCAACGGUUUAG